UUGUAUCAAAUAAUCAAUAAAAUAUCACGAUGUAUGACGGCCAAGGUAGCGAGGCGGGCCCGAUAGGGACGUUUGAAACUUAUAAAGCAGAAGGUGAUACGCUUUUCAAGCAAGGAGAGUUCAGAAAAGCCAUCGAAAGUUACACGACGGCCCUAGAGAUCCAACCAGAAGACUGCAACUGUUUGGUUUCCCGUUCCAAAUGUUACCUUCAGCUCGGCGACACCACCAAUGCGUUGAAUGAUGCCGAGUCCUCGCUCAAAGAUAAUGCAGGCUUUCAUAAGGGUCAAUACCAGAAGGCCGAGGCCCAUUACUGCAUGGGUCAGUUUGAGAAGGCCCUGGUCUACUACCACAGAGGACACAAGCUUCGACCGGAGCUUCAUGAGUUUAGACUCGGCAUACAGAAAGCACAGGAGGCGAUCAUCAAUUCAGUUGGCAGUCCAUCGAAGGUCAAGUUGACGAAGGAAGGGGACAUGUCGUUCUUCAAGAAAAUGGAUGAGAAAGCCAAGCCUAAGAAGACAUACGGUUACAAUAAACCGGUUGCCAAACAGAACACACAAGUGCGCCGCGAGGUCCCCGUGAGGUCACAGGGCAGUGAGAAGACUAUUAAGACGCUGCUAGGAGAGAUGUAUGGGGACAAAGUUUACUUGGAAAAACUCUUGAAGGAGACAGCAGAAUCGUAUAUUCCGGGUAGACCGAGUGACAGUGCUAGAGCACCCCCUGAUCCAAUGUCGAAAUCUGGUGGCGUCAUCUAUGACCUCGUCAGCGAAGGACUUCAGUACCUGGACACGCGGACAGAAUUCUGGCGCCAACAGAAACCGAUGUACGCGAGGAAACGCGAACGCAAGGAGCAGAGAAACCAGCAGAAGCAUAAGAAGGGCAGUCCCAACCAAUAUGUCAUCGAUGAGUUGGAGAAAAUUGACGAAGCUCAAGCAAAUGGCAAGUUCGACGACAGUCUUAACAGAGCACAGCGCUGCUUGAAGACGGUUGAAGGCUGGCCGGAAAACACCAUACCAAACAAGCCGGACGUUUUAGCCAACCUCCACGGCUGUAUGGGAAAUGCUCAUAUUGAGCUGAGGAACUACACAAAGGCUUUGAAUCAUCACAAUAAGGAUUUGGAGUUGGCUGAAGAAAAUGGCCUUGAAGAUGCCAGAGGUCGUGCCCUAGACAACAUCGGUCGCGUCCACGCACGGUGCGGCGAAUACCAGAAGGCAAUCACAGUUUGGGAGAAGAAGAAACCUCUCACAAAGACGCCCCUCGAACAGACGUGGCUGUAUCACGAAAUAGGCCGAUGCCACUUAGAGUUGGGAAACUUCACAGAGGCGCGGGAAUACGGGGAGCAGUCAAUGGGAGCAGCUGGAGAGGCAAAGGAUGAUGUUUGGAAUUUGAAUGCAUGCGUACUUAUUGCACAGAGUGAAGUGAAAUUACAAGAAUACCAACACGCAUUGGAAUCGUUUGAGAAGGCGUUGGAGCUGGCUCGGUCGCAACGUGACGACGGGGCCGAGUCGGCAAUCAAGCGGGCCAUCGACGACGUCAACAAUAAACUUUUGAAGGAGAUUAAAGACAAGGAAGGUGGGGUUUCAGAAGAACAAGAAGAAGAAGCAGAAGAAAAGGCAAAGACACCUGAACCUGAACCAGUUCGAGAACCAACACCGGAACCAGUGCGCGAACCAACCCCGGAACCUGUGAGGGAACCGUCUCCGGAGGUCGUUGAAGAGAAGCCAGUGGGGGCAAAACAGGAAGAGGAGGAGGAGGUUGCAGAGGAGGUGGAUGAUGAGUCAGAUAAAAAAUCGGUGAAAUCGUUAUCGUCUAAGUCAAGCACGGUCUCCUCUUCACCAACACCAAGAAGCAAGAAAUCUGAAGACGACUAAUCAACAGGCAAGGUCCUGUUUCAAAUUAAAUGUAUGUUUUGAUCAAAUUUCUUAAUAAUGAUAGAACAGUCUGGUUGAUAUAAUAUGACAGAGCCAAAAAAGAGUAAAUAAACAGUGUUGUACAUGUACUCGUGUUGCAUUCUGUACAAAGACUGAUUGAGUCUGGUUGAUAUUAUAUGACAGAGCCAAAAAAGAGUAAAUAAACAAUGUUGUACAUGUACUUGUGUUGCAUUCUGUACAAAGACUGAUUGAGUCUGGUUGAUAUAAUAUGCCAGAGCCAAAAAAAGAGUGAAUAAACAGUGUUGUACAUAUACUUGUGUUGCAUUCUGUACAAAGACUGAUUGAGUCUGGUUGAUAUAAUAUGCCAGAGCCAAAAAAAGAGGAAAUAAACAAUGUUUUACAUGUACUUGUGUUGGAUUCUGUUUAAAGACCGAUUGACUUGGUUGGGAUGCUACAGCGAAAAGGAUAAUAGGAUUGUUUUGCUAUGUUUAUUUUUGUAUGUUGCUGAUAUCAAAAAUAUACAAGGCUCGCUUAUGUAUUUUUGCUACAACACAAUUACAAAUUGAUGUCUUCCAGUUUUACGCUCUCGUUGCGAAUGUUGUUUGUAAACAAUUAUUUUCAGGAAGAUGAUGGCAAAGUAUGCUUUGAUAUUCAUUUGAAUCCAAAAAUAGUUGAUGCGUAUUGUUCGAAAUCGAUCCAUUCUUUCCAUUUGAUGGGAUAUGCACCUAGAUGAAAAUUAGAUUGAUUGAUUGAUUGUUGAGUUGAUUGUUUGAUUGAUUGAUUGAUUGACUGAUUCUAAAAUGAGUGACUCUUAACACUUGGAUACCUCUUUUAUUUUUAUGUCAUUGUUAUCUAUAAAUCAUAACAUAUUUACCUUAUUAUAUAUUUCUUGACUUUUAGCUUUCUUUCUUUCUUUCUUUUUUUUGCAUUGCAAGACAUGGAUGAAUGUGUGUGAAAACUAGUCAAAUACUUCAACAUGUUGUGGUUAUCAUAUGUUAUUUCCUCAACUGAUGUUUAAAAGUGUGAAAUGUGUGAGGAAAAGUGUGCUUCUAGUCAAUCAAGCCCAAAAAUAAGAAAUGGGGAAAAACGGUUUGUUUCGAGUGUGAUAUCCUAGUCAAAAUAUAAACACUUUGUGAAACGCAUAACUUGAGUGUGUCAAACUAGUCCAAAACAGGUUGUUUAGAAAUUAGUCUAAUAAAUUUGAUUGUUUAUAAUAAUAUCUUGAGUGUGACUUGCUAGUCCAUGACUUUGUCUUUUAGUCUUAAUAAGCGUGUUAAUAAGUUUCUGUCUGAGGAAUUCAUAUAAUAUCUGUGUUUGCAUCCAUCAGUUAGUACGAGUAUUGGUCAUGUGUAGACCAACACUUACAGCAAGUAAUGUUUAAACGAUUACUCUGUCUGUUCAAAAAUUAAAAAAAUAGACCUCAAAUUAGAAAACUCUAACUGGGCAGAUAACAACUAAUUGAAAAUUUCAACAGCGGUGUUGUGGAGACAAAUCAUGUAUACCAAGUUUCAGCAAAUUUACAUGCAUAAUAACUGCACUAGAACAUUCAUUGUGAGUUUUUUCCUGUGCCACCAGUAAAUACAGUGAACACAAACAGUGUACCCCUUUAACUAUGGUGAUGUGAUACACAGCAGCUACAGUUAUAAAACUACUAACAAACAGAACAAUCUAACUGGGUAACUAUGGUAAUAGGACUAACAGCAUGUAAUGGGUAACUAUAGUGAUCGGUUUAACCGCAUGUAAUGGGUAACUAAGGUGAUAGGACUAAUUGUAUGUACAUGUAAUUGUCAAGUAACUAUGGUGAUAGGAUUACCCGCUUGUAAUGGGUAACUAUUGUGAUGAUUGACAACGUGUAAUGGGUAACUAUGGUAAUAGUAUUAACUGCAUGUAUAACUAAGGUGAUAGGACUAACAAUGUGUAUUGGGUAUCUAUAUUGGUGAUAAGCUACCACAAGUAACAGGCUAAUAUUAGUAACAGCAUGCGAUAGGUAACUAUGGUGGAAGACUAACAUUAGUAACUGCAUAGAAUGGGUAGUGACCAUGGUGGGAGACUAACAUUAGUAACUGCAUAGAAUGGGUGGUGACCAUGGUGGGAGACUAACUUUAGUAACUGCAUAGAAUGGGUAGAGACCAUGGUGGGAGACUAACAUUAGUAACUGCAUAGAAUGGGUAAUGACCAUGGUGGGAGACUAACAUUAGUAACUGCAUAGAAGGGGUAGUGACCAUGGUGGGAGCACUAACAAGAUUAACGCGUAUUUGUGUUCGUAUGCCCAACAGCGUGUCUAGCUAGAUUAAAAUACUAGGGUCGGGUCGAAAGAUAAUAAGCUAAUAUUAUUUUAGUAUAGCAUGGCUGGGGUUUUGUUCGGUAUGAUUUGUUAAAAGUGACCACUGAAUCGGUGGGUAAAGGCCAGUUUCUUGCAUCAAAUCCUUCGUCUGCUUCUUGCUCAUAUUUAUAGUUUGUUUCUUUGUACAUUGUCUAGAUUGUGUUUUAUUUGCCUUCAAUUGAAGUUAAAGGAACUUUGUCUCUUGUAUGCUUCAUCUAAUUGAGAAUGCGUGUAAGAUGUAUGGUGUUUGUCUCAUCUGAUUGAGAAAAUAUGAUUGAGAAUACCUGUAAUAUGUGUGGUGUUUGUCUCAUCUGAUUGAAAAUGCAUGAUUGAGAAUACAUGUAAGAUGCAUGAUGUUUGUCUCAUCUGAUUGAGAAUGCAUGAUUGAGAAUACAUGUAAGAUGUAUGGUGUUUGUCUCAUCUGAUUUAAAAUACACACUAUUAUGUUGUUGAUUGAGAAUACAUGUACAUGUACAUGUAUGUUGUUUGCCUCAUCUGAUUGAGAGUACACAUGUUUUGUCUCAUCUGAUUGAGAAUACACAUAUGUUGUUUGUCUCAUCUGAUUGGGAAUAUGUGUAUCAUUGUCUCAUCUGAUUGAGAAUACAAUGUGUGUGUUGCUGAUGUCAUCUGACUGAGAAUAUGCAUGUUUUGUCUCAUCUGAUUGAAAAUACAUGUAUUUAGGAAUACAAACAUGCAUAUUUAGCUCAUGAGAUUGAAAAUAUAAGUACAUGUACGCUGCAUGCUUUGGUCUCAUUAGAGAGUUCAGGUAUAAAAAUGUUGUUUCAUAUGAUUGAGAAUGUACUGUGUAUAAACAUCAUUGUGUGUGUACGUGUGAUAGUGAAGUGAAUAUUUCUGAUUUGCUUUGUGAUUUUGUAGCGAGGUUUUUGAUGACAAUCAGUAUUUAUUUAUGAAUUUUAAGUAUUUAACUUUUAAUGGUGAUGGUUUUUGUUAACAAUUAUCGAUAUUUGCUUCUCAAUUAUCACUUAUUAUGUCAAUCAUAGAUUGAUUGAUCAAUUCGUCACCUUUUCAAUUAUUCAUUCAGAAAAUCAAUCAACAAACAAACAAACGAACAACUAACAAAUCAAUCAAUCAAUCAAUCAAUCAAUCAAUCAAUCAAUCAAUCAAUCAAUCAGACAAUCAAUCAGACAAUCAGACAUUCUUCCAGUCAUAAUCAUGUCAGUCAAUCUAUCAAUCAAACAGGAUGAAUAUUAUUCAGUACAACCUUCCACAGCCUGCCAAAGGUCUUGACUUGGAGGUUUUUGAACAAAUGCUCAAGACUUACCUUUUGAGGAGAGACUCCAACCAGUCAAAAUUACCUGCACACUUGUACAUGGAUUCUUGAAAAUCAUUAGAUCUGACUGCUCAAUGUUCAUGACAAUCUUUUGAUACGAGAUUAUUUUUGUAAUGUUAAAUUUUGAAGUUGAU